GGGAGGGAGUGAAGAUGGCGUCGCAUUCUAUGGGAAAGACCACGUGCAUUAGCUGGGAAGAUUUCCUUGCUCUCCACCGACCGCAGCUUCUAUCUAUCGGUUUACCGGAACAUUUAUGGGAAAGACUUUACAAGAAGCUGUCUCCUAUCGCAAGCUGCGACGCCACGGAGGCAUUUGAGUUGCACGAAGAUGAACAGUUUGUGUCCCCGGGUCGUUGGUCGCUCCACGCCAAACGGAAUUUGCAAAAAUUUAGCGAUGUGUUCCUCCUCGAGCACGCUUGGUCCAGCGACGGCGGACCCACGGCUAAGAAAAACUUGGAGAAAUCGCCCGAACUUUUGGCGAGGAUGAAGGAAAUGAUGUGCCGCCCAGGUGAAAACAGCGCCAACAGGGAGGCAAGCGGCGAUGAAGACGUGCUAGACAGCUCCCAGGUCCUUACGCAAAUCGGCGGAGUCGAUUCGAAAAAAGCCGAAGAAACACUUCAGUCAACUGACGGUGAUCUAAUUGAAGCUUUGUGUCAAAUCACUAGCGAUUCUUAUGAAACUAAAAAGCCGUCCAAAUCCGACAGGUCAAAAAUUAUGACCUUCGAGGAAUUCAAAACUGGCUUUCUUCACGCCGUCGGUAUGGAAAAAGCAAAACUACUCUCCGAGGAAUACAUUCACAAAAUGUAUUGUCGAUACAAGAGGGAAAAGGAGCAAUACCCAGAGUCGCUGGGCUUUGGUCAUGGUACGACCACGGCGUACAGUUGGUCAGAGGAAGACGAAGGUGCUAUGGCAGUGUUUGUGUCUAUCCCUGUAACGGCAAAAAAGCGCGAUGUUGUAAGCAAGUUGUCGACGAAGCGCUGGACUUUGGGCAUAAAGGGCUGCGCUCCGAUCAUCGACGGGGAAUUUUACGGGAAUGUCUGCCCUGAUGAAUCGUUUUGGACCUUUGAUUCUCCCGGUUUGUUGGUCAUGACGCUACAGAAACCGGAGAAUGAGGAAUCCGAGCUAUGGCCAGUUUUAAUCAAGGGAGAAAAGCAUCUGACAGAAAAAGAAAUAUCAGAUCGAGCAAGAGAUGAAAAUCAUGAAACUGACUACAAAAUAUACCAGGUUUUAGACAGCAUGUGGUUUUAUAACCAGACAUAUCAAGCAGUGACGCAAGAUGGUGAUAAGCGAAAACCUGUUUGGUAUUUGAUGGAUGAAGUAGGAUCAGCCAUUGUACAUAGCACACAACCUAAUGUCAGGUGUUCCCCAUUUGCUUUUGCUGGAACUGGAGUGUUCUAUUCUCUUCUUUGGCCUCUGACAGAUUUAAAAGUAGGUGAAAUGUGUGCUAGAAACUUUUGUCCACCACUAGGCGUGGCAGAAACAGAACUACAAAGAGAAGCAAGGCUCUUAGCCUUCAACUCUUCCCUUCCUGAAAGCUGUCCUAGCAACUUUGUGGUUGAACUUGCAAAGUUUCCCACUAUAACGAAGGAAAACAAUGUGGUGAUCAAUGUUGGUUCUUUAGAGGGAAGGAAAGAAAGUGUGAACUGUUUUCACUCGAAAGAUAAGAAAUUGAACUUGAAGUUUUUUGUCGAACAGAAUGGAAAAGAGAAGAGGCCAGUUUUGAGAGAUUUAGGAUGCACUCUUGUAGCAUCAUCGACAGAAGCAGAAGCUAUUUGGCUGGAGAGGUGGAACACGCCUGGGCAGAGUAUUCGGUGUGAUGCACGAGUCAACCGCCUCAGAGGGGAAGAACACCUACUUCAUCGCCAAUUACUCUGUACCCAUGUUCAAGAGGUGUGGGGUAGCGUGCCUUGGUUUCCGGUCUCUUGUGACCUGUCAACCCAUUUAUCAGCUUUGUGUGCUGACCAUUAUUUCAGUGGUAUUUCCAGUUACUGGAUCUUAAGGGCGGCAGAUCCCAGCACUCUCAGCAUACGGCCAAUUGUAACCAGUGAUCUGCGGAGGGUGAUCAGGUGUACAGAAAUUGGCCAUUUGGUAGCAUCGCAGUACUGCUUACUGACGGCUGUAUGCAAGAAGCGGCGUUUCUGUCUACAGUAUGCAGUCACAGUUAAAUCUCUACUACCACUUCAGCUUCUGAUACACAACACUCCACAUGUGAACCUGGCAGAAACUGAGACCAACCACAAAGCUUUCUUGGAUGAGUACGACUCUUCAGCUCUUGUGUGCGUGAGUUCGGACAUCAAGAAGAAUGGAAUAGUAAAUCACAAGGUGACCCACGAUGAGUUUUUGAAGGACUUAACUUCCAAUUACUUGACAAAGAGGCAAACAACAUGGGGUGACAUUCAGUCAAAGAUUCAUGAAAGCAUUGCUAAACUGUUUUAUGCUGUGGCACCAAGUCUGUCGUCUUUUCAGGAAGGAAGUACAGAGAAUCUCUGCGCAGUGUAUGGUGUAGAUGUACUUUUGAAAGACAGCUUAGAGCCUCUUAUCAUUGGGGUUAAUCCUACACCAAGGUUUGACAGUCAGAAGUGUUUCUCUGAUGUUCUGGUCACUGCAUUUGGGCAAAAUGGAGAGUGUUUGGAAAGUGCGAACAUCAGCCAGGUUUCUGUGAAAGAGAAAUGAAGUGAUCCUAUAUUGGCAUGGGAUUUUAAAGUGUGGUGAGGUACUGUAUAUUAACAUGUAAAUAGUAUGGUCAUGAUUAGGGCAUUAUGUAAAUACAUGUAAUUUUAGUAGAUAAUCGUGUAUGCAAUAAUUGAUCUAGUUUCCUGUUGGAAAGGUCUUCUCUUUGAACAUGAAGUUAAAUACUGCAUUGGAGGCCUGUAAUGAUACAUAUGUUCAGUGCAUUGACAAGUACAGUCUGAUCUCUCCACUUGUUCAUUCUUGUUUGUUUUGUUUUUUUACACAAACUGAUGGGUAAAGUAAUGUAAACUUCACUUGCAGGGGACACUAGGAGACUGUCAGGCAGUUUGUUUGAAAAAGUGCCAGACAUGCCUCACGUUGUAAGGUUAAAAGAGAGACCUUGUUAGCACUACUCCAACUGAGAAAAAAAUUCAAAAAUCACUGAUUAGUAAUGAUUUACAUUUAGUGUAUUGUAUCAUGUGGCAGUGAUCCUGGCUAGAAUAGUGUAGUAAACUAAUGGUCUAACUUCUGACAUGAUUCUGCUUAGAAUAAUGAAUUUGUAAUUUAGAAUGCUAGAAUUGCUACCCCCUGUACUGUGCUGGCAUUAAUGUAACUGUAUAGAAAGUUGUAAUUUUCAGGACCAUUGAAUAUUAAGAAGACCUUUGUUGGUACAUGUGGGUUUACUAACAAGAUUUUUUCUAAGAUUCAUGCAAUUCUACCCCUAUAUUUUUUCCCAAACAAUUUAACUUCAAGUUUUACUUUGAGGUUCUUAGAAUCUGGAAAUUCAUUUUCAGUAAUUAGAAUUGGACCAAACAUUUUGCGACUGUCUCUCCCUGUGGGAAAAAAUUGAAACUGUGUACGAAAAGGCACUUAGUACUCCUGAUGUAAAAUAAUUCACUCUAAUAGUAUGUUGGUAUAUUUUCUCCAGUCCAUAGCUCCAACGUCUUACCCGUAAUAGAAUAAGAGAUUCUUAUUGCAAACGGCUAAUUUCAAAAAACACAAUGGGGUUCAUGUAAGCAAUGCUGUGCCAUGAUAUCACGGAUAAGUGGUUAAGUUGAUCCUGGAAGUGACAGUGCUUCAGAUUGGAAAGAAAUUUUAAGAAAAUUCAAACUUGACAUUGUGUAUAAUCAUUUCCUUGAAAAUGAUUGAAAAAAGCUUGAAAAAAGUAAACUUAUCAAACCUUGUUUGCCUGACAUCAGGCUACUGCAAAGUUAAAUCCACCAUCCUGAAGAGAGAAAAAAAACAACAACUUCUGGACACUAUAUAUAUUGCACUCAUCUCUGUUCUUAAGUACUGUUGAAUUUUAGAAUUUUAGUAUCUCUAGUAUCUUCUUAUUUGGAGUACAAAUAGGCCUUUUGCAGAAGCCCAUCACGUGACCUUGUGAGGAAUCAAAAAUGAUCGUGGAAAGAAACAGAGACCAGAAAUCAGUAAAAGCUGAGAAAAUGAGUAAGAAUGCCAAAAUCACUUGACUAAUGAAUGUGUACAUGUGUGCGUGGCUGUCAGUAAGGGCUGUAACCUGUAACGGCUAAGCAUGCUGGACUGGCCCUUGUCGCUACGGGUGAACUUGGCUGUUGUUGAAACAAUUCAUCAAUAAAGUAACAAAUUUGUUACAGGUGCAAAGAUCAAGGCUAUCGGUGAAUCAAAACUUAAUGACAGCCCUUUACAUGUAAGUGUCAGAUUUUAUGAUCGUUUGAAAUUGAACAGUUUCGUUUGCUGGAUUGCAUUGUUGAAAUCAAUCUUGUAAUCAACCUCUUCUUGAUUUUUAAUUCUCAAACU